AUGGGCCUGUGUAUGACCAAGUCGAUCACUUCUGGAAAGGUCAAAAUAAGUGAGAUAAAAAAAACUUACAGAUUGUCAGAUAAAGACAAAAAGAAACUUUGGAAACGGAAAUCGAUAAACGCACCUCAACUUGUAAUUAGUAACAACCUCUUGUAUAAAAGAAGGAUGCUACAAAUUGAAAAAGUACAGACACAAGCGCUGAUGACAGCUUGUGACAGUAAUUCUUGUUCAGCAAUUGCGUGCAGCUGUAUACAGUGCAAUGAGCUGAACUUAGUUAAGUUAAGCUAAAAGUUAUGCUGGCUGUAAGUGGUAAACCUAUAGUUGUCGCCCACCUUGGUUCCAAAAGGUCGCUCUUUUGGAUUUCAGAUAAAAGCAGCUGAUCCAAGGAUUAGCUUCCUAGGCGGAGCCACAGCUGUCUGUGAGUACCUGAUGAGGAAAAAUGAGGGAGUGCGCCUCGGAGUCCAUUUCCGUCGACAUAUAAUUUUAUUUCCGAACUGAGUUAGGAAUUAA